GAAGAAAGAGGGAUUCCUCUUCAGCACGUCAAGUUUCUCCUUUCGUUAUCCCAUUCCAAAAAAAAAACUCUGAAACCAGGUUUCUGCUUCUGCUUCAACUUGGCACUAUUAAUACUUUCAAAAUCUCUUGCAUCUCUUCAUCUAUUUGCUCCUUCCUUACUUUUUUCCUCCAAUCAAAUCACUCGCGCCUUCGCUUUUUCUCUUUUCUCUCUCUCCAUCGAUCGCAUCGAAACCAUGUUCUUCACCACACCUUCCUCCAACCUCCGCGCGCGAUUCUCCACCACGCCGCCACCUUCAAUCGGCGAUUAGCUUCGUCCAUGGCUUUCUCCGCUUCCACCUCUUCUCCGUGUCACUCGCAGUUGUUUUGCUCUGUUAGGUUCAAUAGGAGGCAUCGUAGUUGUGGUCGAGUAGGUUUCGCGUCGAACGGCGGAAGGAGAUGUCGUCGUUUACGGAACGGUGUUGGUUUGAGCGUUAGCGUUAGGUCGGUGUUGAACGACAAUAGGCGUAGCGUUGACGAUUAUGGAGCGGCGGAGUCUGCUAGGGUUUUGUUUGAGAGGCUGUUCGAGCAGACGCAGAACCGGUUUACCGGAGAGGAACCGGAUCUUCGGGUUCUGGAGUCGGAUCUGGAGGCGGCGCUGGUGGCGUUGAAGAAGAAGGAGGAUCAUUUGAUGGAGGCGGAGAGGACGGUGUUGUUGGAGAAUAGUAAGUUGAAGCUCACGAAGGAGGAGUUGGAGCGGCAAGAGACUGAGAUUGAGGCUGCUAGGGUUAGGUAUGAGAGGCUUGAGGAGGAAAUGAAGGAGGCUACUGCUAGAUUGGUUUCUCAGGCGAGCCGGAUUGAGGAGCUGAAGCUUAGGGUUAGGGAUCGGGAUCACGAGAUUGACGCGGUGUGGCAUGCGCUGAGGUUGAAGGAGGGGGAAGUGGAGAAAAUGAGGGUUGAAUUGGAGGUGAAGAGUAAGGAGGCUGUGGCGUUUGAGUCUGAGCUUAGGGAGAAGGGGAGGCUUCUGGAUGAAGCGAAUGAGGUUUUGAAGAAACAGGAGACUGAGCUUGAGGAACUGAAGAGGGCGGUUCGAGAGAAAGAGGAAGAGAUUGAGGUUUUCUUGGUUCAGAGGGAGGUUGAGAGGGAGAAGCUGAGGGUUUCCGAGGCGAAUUUGGAGAAGCAGGCGAUGGAUUGGUUGUUGGCGCAGGAGGAGCUUAAGAGGCUGGGAGAGGAUGCUGCGAGGCAUGCUGAGGAGAGUAGUGAGACGCUGGAUGAUUUCAGGAGGGUGAAGAAGCUUCUCAAUGAUGUGAGGUCUGAAUUGGUUUCGUCUCAGCAAGCGUUGGCGUCUUCUAGGAGCAAAAUGGAAGAGCAAGAGCGGUUGUUGGAACAGCAGCUGAGUGAUCUCGGGGAGCAAAGGGCAAGUGUCAUGUCAUACAUGGAAAAUUUAAAGGAUGCACAGACAGAAGUGGAGAGUGAGAGAACGAAACUUAGGGUUGCUGAGGUUCGGAACAAGGAGCUUGAACGGGAUCUGAAGAUGGAGAAGGAGCUCAUUAGUGAGUUAGAGGAGGAGCUGAAGAAAGAGAGAACUUCUUUGGAGCAGGCAAUCAAAGAAAUGGCUUUGCUUAAGGAAGAAUUAAAGAGAAAAAGUGAUGAAUUCAGAGAAACGAGUGCCAUUCUUCAGGUCAAAGAGUCGGAGCUUGUUGAUGCCAAGCUAGAAAUACAGCGUUUGAAAUCUGAAAAGGCUUCCCUUCAGGGUAUCUUGGAGGAGAAAGACUUGGAGCUUUCCAAUGCUAGGAAGAAGCUGGAGGAAGUUAAUCAGGAGAUCUCUGAUCUUAAGAUGCUUAUGAACAGUAAAGAAUCCCAGCUCAUUGAAGCAACCAAUAUGCUAAGGGAGAAAGAUGAGCAUGUGAAGAUAAUUGAGAACAAGUUGAAUGAUACUAACCAGAAGGCUUUCGCGGCUGAAUCAGUGGUGGAAAGAAUUUUAGAUCUCACAAACAAACUGGUUUCUUCCAUUAAGGAUGAAGACAUCAACUCAUCAAGACCACUAAAAGAUGAAAUGGGUAAUCAACUACUCGAGGAACUAAUGGUGGAACCUACUAAUGAAUCUAGAUGGCAACAAAAAAGACUUGAGAAUGAGCUUGAGUUGGCUAAGGAAACCUUAAAAGAAAAGGAGAUGGAAGUUCUUGCGGCACAGAGGGUUCUAACAAUUAAAGAUGAGGAGCUGAAAAUGACUCUUGCAAGAUUGGACGCAAAAGAGGUAGAGUUAAAAAAAGUAAGGGAAGAGGUGACAGAAGACUCUAAUGAUCUUAAAAGGCUGUAUGCUUUGGCACAGGAGAGAAUUGGUGAUAAGAGCCUAGGAGAUUUGGCAAUUGAGAAACUUCAGCUUGAGGCAGCUCAGCUUGAAGUUGAAGCUGCCACGGAUGCACUUCAAAAACUUGCCGAUAUGAGUCGACAACUUAUGAAUAAGGCUAUCCAGAGUGUUGAAGCUGAUAGCUACAUCAGUGUCGUGCAAAGUAAUGAUGAUAAAAACCCUGAUUCGAUCACAGAUAUCAAUGACUCUGUUUGUUUCACUGAGGUAAAAGCAAGAGUUGCCCGACUCUCAGCUUUGACUGAGCAGCUUGUGAUGGACGCGGGCAUUGUUGCUGCAAACUAAAAGAGCAGCUUUUGAAGAUGUGUUGUAUUUUGAUGUACCAAAGCCAUUGCAAGGUCAUAUAUAAAAUCUUCACUUUGUUUGCAAGAUAUGGUACAAUGUACAGAUAGCAAUCACGUGUAAUUUUGGUACUUUAGCUGUGGGGGAGAAAACUCAUUUUGUUGCACUAGUUACAUUCAGAGUGUAUUUGUUUUAGACAACAUAAAUAGGAUGGAAAGAUUUUGCAUUGCUGCUUUUCCCUAAUCCUAUCUUGUAUUAAAUAAAAUGACCACCGCAUAAAUCCAUAUCUACCUUCCUAGAUUGA